AUGGCAUUAGGCGCUCAAUGGCAGGCCAUCAAAACUCCUCGGGACUGCGCCUGGCGUAUUUAUCGCAGCAAAAUAACACGCAAACAUCAUCGGUUGUUGAUCAUCCCACGUCGAGACACGUCAAAUUUCCUCUCAGAGAUCCCUGAUACCGUGCCCUUGUCGUCUUUAUUAUUACCUGGAACUCAUGACACAAUGGCUUUCUACGGAUGGCCAGUAUCACAAUGCCAAUCCCUCGGCACCCCAUUGGAUGCACAGCUUCGUGCAGGGAUUCGGGUACUUGAUAUACGUCUUUCCAUCAUUGACUCUCGCCUAUUGGCCUAUCACGGAGCUUACCCUCAGCGAACUCCUUUUCGCGACAUCCUCACAACGCUGUAUGAUUUCCUUAAUGGACAAUCCACCUGCUACGAGACUAUUGUCGUUUCUAUCAAGCAAGAAGACAAAGGCGGAGAACUGUUCUCCAAACUUGUUCGUGAAGAGAUCAUGGCUUCCCCUGGUGGUAUAGAAUUAUGGUACUUAGAAAAUAGAAUUCCAACUUUAGGUGAGGUCCGAGGCAAGGCUGUCAUGUUCAGCCGAUUCGGUGGGAAUGGUUUCGGAUGGGAUGGAGGGGCACUAGGGAUUCAUCCGUCUAUCUGGCCAGAUAGUGAAAAAGUUGGCUUUUCUUGGAAUUGUCAAAAUACCCUUGUUCAAACCCACGAUUGGUAUGCCAUACCCUUGUUCCUAGCGAUACCCGAGAAAGUAUCUCUCUCCACUGGCAUAUUACUUUCAUCUUCUGAUAACCCGCCAAUGCCAACCCUAUCCAUCUCGUUCUUCUCGGCUUCUUCAUUUCCACUUGCCUUUCCACCUACCAUAGCCCGCGGAUUUGGGUGGCCUAAAGUAGGAUUCGGAUUUGAAGGCGUGAAUGGAAGAGUAGGAAAGUGGCUAUUAGAUACCCUCGGAGAAAGCGUCGGAGGUCUGACCGAAAAGGGCAGCGAUAGCCAGCCCAGAAUCAGAGGGUGGACGUUCAUGGACUUCUACGAGGAUCCCAUAGUGGCGGGAGUUAUGCCACUGCUAAUUGAGUGUAAUUUUAGAGGCAGACGCAGUGGGCAGGAGGGCUGGCCAUGA